AUGGACUUUGGCCACGAGCUGCUGGCCCGCCUUGAGGCGGCGCAGCUGAACUCGCCGCCGCAAGCGAACGCCGCGCUGGCGAGCGAAGCCGCCGCCGCCGCCGCGCUGGCCGCGGGCGCCGGCGGCGAGAACGGCGGUGCCGCCGCUCGCCGCUCGCUGUGGCCGGGGGACUAUGCCUGCGGCAGCGCCUCGCCGGGUAGCAGCGGGCGGCAGACGCCCCGCAGCAGCGCGGGACUGCUGGAAGCGCUGAUCACGAGCGAUGGCUCGCCGCAGGCGGCCGCCACGGCACGUGCGGCGGCCGCCGCGGCCCGUGCCGCCACCGCGGCCCCGCCGCCACCGCCGCCGCUGCCGGGCGGCUGCGGGCGGUGGGCCGAGCUGCCGGCGGACGUGUGGCGGUGGGUGGUGGCCGGCCUGUCGCCGGGCGACGUCAAGGCGGCCAGGCUGGCGUGCGCCGACUGGCGCGCCGCCCUCUCCACCAACGUGCAGCUGCUGCGCCCACGGCAGAUGCGCUGCCGCCUGGCGGCCGCAAGCUUCCCAUCCGUCCAAGUGUUGGAGCUGGGGCACUGCCGCCAGCUGCAGGAUUGGGACCUGGCUGACGUGGCGCUGCUGAGCACGCUGCGCUGCGUCAGCCUCAGGGGCUGCGAGGGCGUGACCGACGAGGGCGUGGCGCAGCUGGCGCGCCUGCCCCGCCUGUCCCGCCUGGUACUGCGCAACUGCGUGAAGCUUACAGACGUGGGGCUGGCCAGGCUGGCGGGCGUGAGCGGGCGCGAGCUGCCCCAGCUGUGGGCCCCCGCCGGCCCCGGCUCGCCGCCGCCCGUGCCGCGCCUGCGCUCCCCCGGCGCGCGGCUGCCGGCGGCGGCGGCGCCGCCGCCGUGCCGCCGCCCGCCGCUCGCCUCCCUCGACCUCGCCGGCUGCGUGCUGCUCACCGAGCGCGGCUUUGCGGCGGCGGCCAGCGGCCUGGCGGCCAGCCUCACCGAGCUGCUGCUGGGCGGGUGCAGCCGCGUGUCGACGGUGGGGGACGGUGUGCUGGAGGCGGUGGCGCGCUGCCGCGGCCUCAGGGCGCUCGACAUGGCCGGCUGCACGGGGGUCACGGACGAAGGCACCGGCUUCACCCAGCUGUCGCGCCUGCAGCAGCUGAGCGAGCUGAACCUCAAGGGCUGCUACAGCCUUGCGGACGACGGCCUGGAGCUGCUGCCCACGCUGCGCUCGCUGGCGGCGCUGAACCUGCAGGAGUGCUGGCAGGUCACGGACCGAGGCCUGGCGCACCUGUCGGGCCUCACCCGGCUGGAGGACCUGAACCUGCAGGGCUGCCGCAACCUGGCCAACGGCGCGGGGCAGAGCCUGUCGGGGCUGGGCGCGCUGCACCGCCUCACCUCCCUCUGCAUGCGCGGCUGCGACCGGCUGGCAGACGGCGCCCUGGACUUCCUCCCCGGCCUCACCUCCCUGCGCCAGCUGGACCUGUCUGGCUGCAAGGAGCUGACGGCGGACGGCCUGGCGCCGCUGUCGUCGCUGCGCCUGCUGGCCUGCCUGCGGCUGCAGCACUGCAGCGGGCUGCGGGGCGCCGCCGCGCUGCGCCCGCUGUCCACGCUGUCCUCCCUCACAGCGCUCAACCUGGGCGGCUGCACCGCCAUCCACGGGCAGUCGCUGCGGGCGCUGGGCACGCUGAGCGCGCUGCGCCAGCUGUCGCUAGAGGGCUGCCGCGGCGUGGUACUGCUGGAUGCGGGGCUGGAGGCGCUGGCCCCCAGCCUGCACCGCCUCACCAGCCUCAACCUGCAGGGCUGCUCCACGCUGACCGACGCGGGCCUGCAGAAGAUGGGGCCCCUCACCGGCCUGGUAUCGCUCAACCUCAGCGAGUGCCCCUCCAUCACCGGGGCCGGCGCCGCCGCCUGGCGCAUGCCCCUGCUGGCCAGCCUGCAGCUGCAGAACAGCCCCGGGGUGGACGAUGCGGGGCUGGCCGCGCUGGCGGGCCUCACCGCGCUGCGCAGCCUCAACCUGAAGCAGUGCAAGCGCGUGGGCGACGGCGGGCUGGCCGCCAUGGCGCCCGCCCUGCAGCGCCUCACCGCGCUGUGCCUGCAGGGCAUGAGCGAGGUCACCGACGCGGGGGUGGCACAGCUGGGCGCGCUGCGCAGCCUGCAGGACCUGGAGCUGCAGUUUGCGUGGCAGUUUGGCGACGCGGGCAUCGCCGCCCUCACCCGCCUCUCCGCCCUCUCCCGCCUCGACCUCAUGUACAGCUGGAAGAUCACGGACGACUCGCUGCGCAGCCUGGGCCGCAUGACCAGCCUGCUGAGCCUCAACGUGCUGGGCUGCCACCGGCUGACGCCGGGCGGCAAGGCCGAGGUGGCUCACCUGCUGGACAGCGCGCACGCCUUCUAGAAGAUCUAGAUCUAGGAUCCAGGCUCGGAGGCGGGCGGAGCAUGCGCACAGUUGUCUUGCAUGAUCGCAAGAGCUGCUGCGGCGCCAAGGCGGUGGCGCCAAGGCCGGCUCCCACCACCGCCUGGAGCGCUCGACGCACGACGCGUUCUGCAUGCACAUUUCAUGUCGCUCCCUGCAAUCCCUUGAUUUUCCUCCUGCGCAGCGCGCUAUGGUUCUGCCCCACUGAUGAGCCCCCCACCGCCCCUUGCUACCCGUGCCUCACUGCGCACCCUCAUCCAUUGGCAGCCUUGCAAGAAACCACGAAGUGUCACAUUAAAUCACUGU